AUGUCCUUAGAAAAGUUUGAUGAGUUUGAGAUUAUUGAAAAACAUUACAAUUUUAAAAACAAUGUAAAAAAAUUAGAUGAAAAUGAAGAGGAUAAAAUAAUUUAUUUGCUAAUAGUUUGUAAAAAUAAAAUUGAAGUAGAAAAAGAGAAUAAAGAAAAUCUAAAUAAUUAUAUAAAAGCACUAAAAAUUCUUAUCUUUUAUAUACCUUUUAAUGAUUCAUUAAAAAAAAAAAUAACAGAAAAGAAAAUUUAUAAAUUUUUAUUACUAGGUAAAAGUUUUAAUAUUUCAAAUAAUUUAAGUGAAGAGCCAUGUAACAAUUUAAACAAAAGUUCAAACGUAAGUUCUGUUAACAAAUUAAAUGAAUACUUAAUUUAUGAGGUUGAUAAAUAUGAGUUAAUAUUUUUAAUUAAUUUAAUAACACACAAUGAAAAAAAUGAAGAAAUAUUUGAAUUUCUUUACCCUUCUUAUGUCUAUUAUAUUAUUUUAAACAAAAGUAAUAUGGACAAUAUAUUUAUGCUUCUGAAUAAUUUUAUAAUAAACCGAAAAACAUAUGAAUUGUUAAAUAAAUUGAACGAUCUUUCUUUACUUAUUUUUUUGUCAGUUAUUGAUUCUUUGAAGAAAAUUAAAAAUCAAAUAAAUAUUUGUAAUUAUUUUUAUGUUUUUAUUGAAAAUUCACUAAAAUAUGAAAAUAAACUAUUUUUAAAUAUUUUUGAAAAUUUGAAGAAAUUGUAUACAGAUUUUUUUGAAUAUAUCAAAAAAUUAAAGGAAAAUUUUUUAUUUUCAAAUAUGUUAAAAAAAUGGAAAAUUAUAAAUAAGAAAGAGAAUAAGUAUUAUCUAUUAAAAUAUAUUGCAUUAAUGUUUAGAUUAGUUCUUGAAACUUUAUAUAAUAUUCUAGAUGAGAAAAAUUUAGAUAAUGAACAAAUUUCUAAAUACCAAAAUUUAUACAGAACUAUAAUUGAAGAAAUCAAAAAUAAUUUAAUUUAUAUUAAUGAAAUAAAUUAUUUUGAUAAUUUUGACAUUUCACAUAUAGAUUUAUAUAACAAAAAUAUUUUAUUUAUGGAUAUGUUCAUUUAUUACAGAAAAAAUUUUAUUUUAGAAAAUUUUAAACUUAUUUUAUUUAUUUCUAAUAUAUUCAGUGAUCGAUAUGAAGAGUUAGACUACUUGUCAUGUGAAGAAAAAAAAAAUUUUAUUGAUAUCAUUUUUGUUUAUUUAAAAACAAUAUCAAAAAUGAGAAACAGUCAUAUAUUAGAAAAACAGGAAAUUCUUUAUCACAAAUUUAUUUUAAAUAGAUAUAUUAUUAGUGCUGUAGCAAAUUUUUCUUCAGAUAACAUUAUUUCAAAUUAUGUCAAAAAGAUAAAUGGUAUUGAUGUUUUGAGAAAAUUUAUGUACAUAGAUGAUAAAGAUACAUGUUUACCUGAAUAUUCUAUUUUGGCCAUUAAACAUAUAAAGGAAAAUGAAAAUUUUGAAGAGCUUUAA